AUGACUGGAAAGGUAGCGUUCCUGUGCCUGCUGUCCUCUGUUUUUGCCGGGGAUCGCUUCCUCCGACCCGGUUUUAAUCAGGCACGGUUCAGCCAACCAGGAUUUGCGUCGGGUGCUGCUACCGUCGACCCAGUCUACGCGCCGCAGCCGUACAGCUUCGGCUACGACAACGUGGACGAGUUCGGCACCAAGCUGUUCCACAACGAGCAGGGAGACGCCAAUAACGCCAAGAGGGGCAGCUACGGCUACACGGACGCCAACGGGCUCUUCCGCCGCGUGAGCUACGUAGCCGACGCCAACGGCUUCAGGGCCACCGUGGACACCAACGAGCCGGGCACCCAGUCCGGGCCCACCGGAGACGCCGUCUUCAACGCUAACCCCGUGGUGGUGAAUGGCCUUGCCAAGAGCCGCAUGACGUGA